CAGAGUUGUAAAUUCAUCUCUUGUCAUUCUCCUGUCAUCCAAUUCUCUCUCUCUGUUGGGACUACUGAAUUUCUGGUAAUCAAGUGAUAAUUUCAUGGAACUCCAAAUUAUUCCAGGAAUAGUUUUGAUGGAAAGGAAUGUAGUGUUGUGAGAUGGGGUUAAAAGCCAUAAUCUUAGUCACGUGCUUUAAAAAAAAAACUAAAAGUUGAAACAUUCAUCUAAAUCAAACCAACAGCCACACCCCAUCUCUCCUCCCAUCUCCUCAGCCUCUCCUCUCCUCGCCUCAGAUCAGGACUUGUGGCUACUUGGACUCAUUGCUCAACUAUGCAGUAGAGAAUUAGCUGGAGCCAAGAAGCAGAGAUUGGGCUGUUUGCCAUUGACAAGCGGGCUGAGAGCUACACCCAUACACCCUCCGUCUCCCCCAGUAGCUAUGUCCUUCCUCACAGGGGACCAACCCCAGCCAUGCAGGCUUCCGGAGCCCGGAACACACAUCACAGGUCUGGACUGUUACUCAAUGGGGAGUGUGGACUGUAGGGAGUCUACGAAGGAGAACUACUUGGACAAUAUGGAGCCCGUUGUGUUUGGGGUGGUGGAGCUUCCCAGGCGCUCUCGGGGAAGGCUGUUGCUGCAUGGCAUGGUCAUGUUUGGAAGGGAAUUUUGCUAUGCGGUGGAGGCAGCCUUCGUCACACCGGUGCUGCUCAGUGUGGGACUCCCUCAGAGCUUGUACAGCCUUGUGUGGCUGAUCAGCCCCAUCCUGGGCUUUCUGCUGCAACCCAUCAUCGGCUCGGCCAGCGACUACUGCAGGUCCCCGUGGGGCCGACGGAGGCCCUACAUCCUCGCACUGGGGAUUAUGAUGCUCAUGGGCCUUACCUUGUUUCUAAAUGGAGAUGCAGUCAUAUCAGUGUUAGUACAGGAUAGGUCAUUGAAGAGGAUAUGGGCCAUCGUCAUAGUCAUGUUUGGAGUGGUGCUAUUUGACUUUGCAGCAGACUUCAUCGAUGGGCCAGUCAAGGCCUACCUCUUUGACGUCUGCUCGUACACAGACAAGGAAAGAGGACUGCACUACCAUGCCCUUCUCACAGGGCUUGGGGGUGCCUUCGGGUACCUCGUGGGAGCCAUGGACUGGGGUCACUCGUCCCUGGGCCGACUGCUGGGGUCAGAGUACCAGGUCAUCUACUUCUUCUCUGCUCUGACCUGGACGGUAUUCCUCAUCGUGCAUCUCUUCAGCAUCCCAGAGACACCCCUAGCCAAGGACAUUAACUUGGAUACGUUGAACCCCAAUGCCCUCCUCCUCAUCAGCACACACAGCAGCAGUGGUGGCUAUGGAUCCUUGCAUGGAUCCAUGUCGCAAGAGUCGGAGCCAGACCUCCGGCCUCGUUCAUUCUCUGCCCUGGGGGAAGCCAAUUCCGUCACAUCCAGUGCCAAGCAACCCAACAAAGAGAAGAGGAUGACUCUGAAGUCAUGUCUCCUGGCCAUGAUUAACAUGCCUAGUCAUUACCGCUGUCUCUGCGUCAGUCACCUGUUGGGUUGGACCGCCUUCCUCUGCAACAUGCUCUUCUUCACAGACUUCAUGGGACAGAUUGUGUAUAAGGGCAACCCGUAUGCGGACCAUAACUCCACAGCCUACGAGCGGUAUGAGAGGGGGGUGGAGAUUGGAUGCUGGGGUCUCUGUAUCAACGCCAUCUCCUCUGCUCUUUACUCCUAUGUCCAGAGGCUGCUGCUGCCCUACAUCGGUCUGAAGGGGCUCUACUUCGUGGGAUACUUUGUGUUUGGUCUGGGCACCAGUCUUAUCGGCCUGUUCCCCAACAUUAUCACCACCCUCAUCCUGUGCAGUGUCUUCGGAGUCAUGUCCAGCACCUUGUACACCAUCCCCUUCAAUCUCAUCUCAGAGUACCACCGCGAGGAGGAGGUGCAGAGGAAGAUGGGGAAAGGGAAUCAUGCAGGACAGGAUCGAGGCACCGGCGUGGAUUGUGCAGCACUCACAUGUAUGGUGCAGCUGGCUCAGAUCAUCGUUGGGGCGGGACUGGGGGCAUUGGUUAACAUGGCAGGAAGUGUGAUUGUGGUGGUCCUCUCAGCAUCAGCAAUGUCUCUAAUUGGCUGUCUGUUCAUCACCCUCUUCAUCAGAUACGUGGAAUAACCUCUUUAAUAAAGAUAUUAGGUAAUACCCUUUAACCUCGUCUCCCUCUUCCUUACACCCUAUAA